UUAUCGAGUAUACGGAUGGUGGGCUCCACGGCAUUAAAAAAAGGCUUUUUUAUACCCGCAUUUCUCAAUACUGAACCACCACAGCCUUUCAGAACUCUAACCAUAGCCGAACAAUCCAUGAAAGUAAAGAAAAUGUUGAUGAGAAUCUUUCGAGAUUCGAGGAAGGUGGCCGGAUCUCAGCCGGGGAUCGACGAGUACGACUUCGUCGAGGACUUGUCUUCCUGGGAGUUCGUGAUCCCUUCCGACGACGACGAUGAUCACGAAGCCUACUACUCCCCGAACGAUAAAGACCUCGAAGUCUUCGUUGACGGCGACGACGUUGAAAUUGGCAUCGAACCAGAGGCUGUCGUUGGUGAAACUGUGCUGAAACAAGACUAUUUCUGUCUGCAUGGAUCUCCGUAUCCGGAUGUCUCCACGGGAUCUCCCUCGCCCGCCCAAAUCGCCGUCGCACUUGAUGUUGCGCCCGUUGGACUCAAUGACUACAAAAAUGAUCACGGCUAUGUCCCUGAUUAUGAUAUUGACAACGAAGAGGAAGACUAUGACGAGGACGAUGGCUAUGAUUAUGAUUUGGAUGAGAAGUUGUUUCCUUAUUGUGCAAGGAACAAGGUUGCGAAGGAGAGGAUGAAGAAACUGAGUAAAAUGACAUAUCCAAUGAUGAGCAAGCCGAAAAGCUCGCCCUAUUACUGCAACAGGCCAGGCGCUACCGUGAAGAUAAUAAAGUCUCGUUCUGACUAGAAGAUAGGUAUAACUGGUAGAUUGGAUUCUGGUUACAGGUUAGGGUUAUAGACUUAUUCAAAUUUGAUUUCUCUAGUUAGGGUUACAUAUGAUAUACAAUUCAAGACAAUUUAUAUGAUACAAUGCAUUAUAUUGAUUGUGCACA